AUGUCUCACUCAUUUAGUAGAAUCGUUGUUUCAAUACUCACUUUGAAUUCACUAUUACAAAUAUAUGAAAAUCAACCCAUUGAAUUUAAUGAUUCUAACUUGAUGAUGUAACAUCCUUAAUUAACUUCAUUAAUCCCUACCAAUCAAGUAUUUGAUUCUGAUAUCAAUUUAGAUGAUUAAUUUGACUGUUGGAAUAUCAACAUUUUUAUUAAUAGAUUGGAAGAACAAACUUUAUACAAUUACUUCAAUAUUCUUUGGAAUAUCAGUUAUAAUGUAAAAUAUCAAGUAAUAUUUCUAAUUUAUACAAGUAUUCUACUUCCAAAAACAAUAAACAUAAUACAAAUUUAUUUGUAGUUACUAAUUAUCAUAAACCAUAUAUUCAAUUCAACAAAAUAACUAUAUUAGUGUAUUAAAUCCUUAGAAAUUAAUGAAACUGCAAUAGAAUUUCAAUAAAACACAUAGUCUAAGAGAAAAUUUACUAAGACUUCUAAGAAAGCUGAAAAAUAAAAAUUAAAACAACUAAAUACUUAAAUGAAUGAAAAUGAGGCUAAAAUUGUAAAGGACGAAAUGUAGGUAGAAGCCUUCUAAGUAAAAAAUGAAUAAAAAUAAGAAUAAUUAAAUAAAAUUAUUCAAGAAUAGCAUAUUAGUGAAGCUGAAGUAGAAACUGAGAAUUAAUGUGAAAUCAAUCAUUCAGAUCUUUCACAGAUAUCAUCAAUUAAAGAAGAAUAAAGUAUAGUAUUAUUAUAAUUAGAACUUUAAAUAUAAUUGAAAUUCAAUGGCAAAAAUGAAUAAUUUUGUUGUUCUUUCGAUACCUUUGAUACAAUCUCUACAAUACUUUCGGGUUCAUUUACAGAUAAACAAAUAAUAUAAAUAAAAAUUCACAUACUUCUUAAUUUCUAUGAUGAAAAUUAAGAUUGUAGUUGUAGGUUUUGGUGCAUCAAGAAAUUAUUAGCAUUUUAAUUUUGA